AUGGUGCCGAAUAUGCCGUCCCCGAGAUAUUCCAACAAGACUAGGGUUUUCUGGUCUUCUUCUCCCUUUUCUCAUGGCCACUCGUGCAUCUCUGCUUUGUUUGUCCUUGAUCCAAAAGCAUUACACAACACUGCAAAGACGGGCAUGAUUGACUGCCAGAGAAACCCCCAGAACUCAUCUUGUCCAAUCGGGUGCAAUUCACUUUGA